AUGGAGAAGACACACGCCGAACAGUCUGCGACGAGGCAGAUAUCGGACCUCAAAGCCAUGGUUGUUGAUGACAUGGGGAAUACUGGCAGGGAUAUUGACCUAGGUCAGAUCCUGGAGGUCGAAACCUCGCCACAGUUGGAACGAAAAAUUCUGAUGAAGAUUGAUUUCAUUAUGAUCCCACUCAUGGGCUUCUGUUAUAUGCUACAAUAUAUGGACAAACUGGCUUUGAGUCAGGCUACUUUGUUUAAUAUUCGUGCCGACUUGCACCUCCAUGGAAUGCAAUAUUCGUGGGCAUCCGCUAUAUUUUAUUUUGGCUACCUGGUCUGGAGUUGGCCGACAUCGUACCUGAUUGUCCGGUUGCCGUUGGGAAAAUAUCUGGCUGUUUCGGUAUUCAUCUGGGGAGGUGUACUUAUGUGCCAUGCGGCAUGCAAGAACUUCAGUGGCUUGAUGGCUGCGAGAUUCUUCCUUGGCGUUGGUGAAGCUGCCAUUGCCCCAGGGUUUGCCUUGCUCACUGGUAUGUUUUAUAAGAGAGAAGAGCAGCCACUCAGACAAGCAGCCUGGUGGAUCGGAAACUGUAUCGCAAACUCGAUCGGUGGUGUCGUUGGCUUCGGAAUUGGUCACAUCCACUCGUCGAAUCUUAUGUCCUGGCAAUUGAUCUUUUUGAUUCUCGGGGCGGUGACUUCGGCCUACGCCAUCGUUCUUUAUAUGUUCCUUCCUGACUCCCCGGCCAAUGCCUUGUUUUUGAAGAAGCACGAACGAGCAAUCGCUAUUCAACGGACGUUGGAAAACAAGACUGGUUUCUUGGAUGAAGGAAAGUUUCAUACAAAGCAAGUCUUGCUUGCGUUGAAAGAUCCCCAAGCAUGGUUCCUGGUCGCUUAUACUUUCUGUGUGAAUUUGUGUAAUGGCGGAAUCACCACCUUCUCCGCCAUCAUCGCCCAAGGCUUCGGCUACUCCACCUUCAAGACCCUCCUCAUCUCUAUGCCCUCCGGUGCCGCCCAACUCAUCUUCCUCCUCAUAACCUCCGGCAUCGCGACCUACGUGAAAUCAACACGUAUCAUCAUGAUGAUCAUCAACUGCCUCAUCGCCAUGGUCGGAUACCUACUUGUCUAUAAACUGAGUGAAGACGCCCGAGUCGCUAAAAUGACCGGUCUCUGUCUCGGAGCAGUCUUUGCAGCUAAUAUCCCUCUGUCGCUCAGUUUGAUUACUUCGAAUGUGGGCGGUAUGACGAAGAAGAGUACCGUUAGCGCGAUGUUGUUUAUUGCAUAUUGUAUUGGCAAUAUAGUUGGACCACAGUUUUAUUUGGCUUCUGAGGAGCCUACUUAUGAGACCGGUAUGCGAUCCGCUAUUGCUGGUCAGUGUCUAGCCCAACACCCCAGUAGCAGUAUCGCGGCCUCCGUCAAGUCUUCCGGGUCUCCUGCAGUUGGAUAUUAUGAUCCUAAAACUGCGCACAGGAUGCUACUGAACCAGACCAUUGAGGAUAUCACACUAGCCGACUUUCGACAUCUCAUUGAUCUCGUACUAGUCUACGGCACGGUGACUACUCACCGGCCUGGAUUAGAUCCUUCGUCGCUACCUUCUCCUGUUGCACUCGCUCCACUGCCUGCUUCAGCAACCGCUGCAGCACCUACUAAUACAACCAACGAAACGCGAUUUUCCCCUUCCUCGAAGAACGAAGCCAUACGCGGUAGAAAGAUCUUCUGCAACGGCGAGCGCAAGCUCCAUGGACAAAAUUAG